UGUAAAGAAAUUGUUUACAUUUAUUAAUCCAAAAUAAAGCUAAUUAUUUAUUUGUACAUAUUUAUUAAAAUAACUCUGCAAUGGGAAAACGAGAAGAUCUUAAAGAACACAAACGCAGCAAAAAAACUAAACAUGCCACUGCUUCACCUAAUCUUAAUAAUACUUCAACAUCCUCACCAUCGCUAAAAGAAGAAAUAAUUUACGAUGAUGAAAUGAUCGAUGUAGUUGAUCACGAACAAGAGGUUGCCAACACCACAGCUACAUCAGCUCCCAGCACCCCAACUCCUACACACACUCCAACAAAAGCGAAUAGUAGCAAAAAUGCGUCUAGCAGCAGUAAGAAAUCUGUACCAAAACAACAGACUGCCACUGGUACAACUGCAAGUAGCUCACCACCAGCAUCUGCAACAUCUGGUUCUAACCUCAAUGCAUCAAACAACAAAAAGUCAAAGAAACGACGUGAUAGUAGCACUUCCAGUGAGGAAGAGCGCUGGUUGACGGCGAUUGAGUCCGGCAAGUUAGAAGAAAUGGAUGAUGAACUGAAAAAGAUGAAAGAUCCAAAAUUGAUGACAGCGCGUCAACGCGCAAUGUAUGAACGUAAUACCGAUAAGGAGCCUUCUCCUGGCGGAGAAUUACUUAUGUCUUUACCGACUGGCUAUCGUGAAAAAGAAAAACCACUUACGGCAGAAGAUAUACAAAAAGCUCAGCUAAAAUCACAAAAACGCAAGCAACUUGCAGAUGAGAAACGUGAAAAGGACAAGAAGAAAACCAUGGAACGGUUACUGAAAAAACAGGAGAGUAAACAGCGCAAUGCGACACGUAAUAAAACGACAAAGACUUCUCAACCGAUGAUCAUAUAUCGUAACACAUUAGAUGGCGCCUACAUACAUUUACCGGCUGAACACGAGUUUCCACUGGCAGCACAAGUGCCGAUCUCACCACCCAAAGUACAAUUGUGUGGUAUAACUGGUUGCAAUAAUCCAAAAGUGUAUAAUUGCUCCAAAACAAAUAUGCCGUUAUGCAGCUUUGCAUGUUACCGCAAAAACGUACAAAAUAUUCGACAAAUAAUGUGCUAAUUAUUGUAGUAUAUUUAAUAAUUUAAAUUUAUGUUUUCUAUUACAUUUAGUAUAUAAGCAAUUCCGAAAUUAUUUAAAAUGUUUAUAAGUA